AAUCUGCCAUCGCUGUUGGCUAAGAGGUACCCUAGAACGUUAGUUGGUACCAUAUGAUGUCAUUGUGAGCCUGUGUGUGUGUGUGUGUAUUUGUUAGCGGCUCCGCCCUCUCGGUCUGCUAGGCCACAGCAUUUGUUGCAUUUCUCAAAUAGGAAGUGGGAGUGGAGUAAGACUCUGGUAGGGGGUGACUUGCUCUUUAAGGACAGUUAACAGUUAACAAUACAGAGAAAGUAAAUAGUCUGAUUUCAUUGUUGUUUUUCAAAUUAGAUUUUUCAUAUCAGCCGUUUUUUGCUGCAUGUUGAUCUUACAUUUAGAUGACUGUUUCAUUUAUUUAUUUAUUUUGUUUGUUUGUUUUUACUGUUCUCCUGCAUCUGAAAAGCACAUUGAAUUGUUUCUGUGUGUGAAAUGUGCUACUUGUCUUGUUGUCCAGGCUGCUCAGUCUUCCUCCUGAAGGAAGGAACAUGAAUAGUUCACGGGCUGGUUGGUGGGGGUUGUACUUUUUAUUCCACGUACAAAUAUCCUGCAGAGAAGGAAGGCUGCUGCUGUCUGUUACAGAAGAUGUCAGGAUGGAGUCCUGUCCAGCUUAUACCAGAAACAAAACCAGCCUUUGCAUAAUCAUAAAGAAAAGAUGCAUGUAGUGAUUUCAAUCAUUCUCACUGAAUACUUUUUAAAUAUCCACAUUUUAACCAGAGGUUUAUUUGUCUACAAAAGUAUAAAUAAAGUUAAUCCAACAGAUAAUUAAAAUUAAAAAACAAAUUAUCCAGCCCACAUCUUUAGGGUUCUGGAAGCCUUGAGCUGAACUCUGGACCAAGUUUAGAUCUGGGUACUGAAGGCUGGAGACCCCUCAACCUGCUGUAAUUUUAACACUUAAACACAUCAAAGCUUGGUUAGGGGUAUAAAAGCGGGUCAAUCACAAUGCAAGCAAAGAAGAUACUUUAAUCACAGCUCUACUAAAUGAAUAAAAAAUCCGAACACAAUCUAGGUGACAAACUGUAGUUCUGGGUCUGUGUGUCUGCAUAGUGAUGCUAACAACAAAUACUAACCAUGUUUAUUAGUUCAGCGUCAGCGUGACUCACCAGCACAGGAAGUGACAGUUGCGGUUUCCACACAUUGACAACCGCGUGUUUCCACUGACUUUAGCGUGUUAUGACUCCUGCUGUUGUCACCACCUUUUAAAAUCUAGCUCUUGUACUACAUCACGGUGGAUCUGCUGACCACAUGUUUGAUGUAUGACUGUGUCCACUCAUGUGACUGAUUCUUGGCUGCUGUGGUUAAAUCUCAGAGCCCUGAAAUCUCACAUUUAUUUAACCCACAUCAUGGUUCACUUUAAAUCCUAGGCAGAAAUGUGAUCAAGUGUCAACAUGUGAGUCAGUCCUGAUCAUUUAACAGAACUGAGUACUUCCUGAUACUAAAUAAAGUGGUAAUCAGAACAUGUAGAGAUCACUCUGCAUGAACGAAUCUGAGCGCUCGUCUGCUUCACACCUGCCAGGUAAAAAAAAUACUUCUUUUGUCAAAUACUUGAGCUUCAAAUUUGAGCAGAUGUUUGACCUCUUUAUGUAUUCAGUUGCUGUUUCUGGCUGAUCUACGAUAAUGAUUCAAAAGGAAGUGUCUCUCUGUUUGUGAGUUAUCUGGAAAUGUGAUGUUACGUCAAGUUUUCUUCCUAAGUGUGAACAUUUCCUGUUUCUACUGCUGAGCAGAGCAACAGUCUCAGCAGGACAGUCUCUCGAGGAUGUUCCACCAGAGCGGCUGAAAUUAGUUAAACUAACUUUUUUUUUGUUGUUUAAAUCUCAAACACAUUGCUCUGCUUUACUGACAGCAAGGUCUUUUUAUGACAAAGAUGCUCCCCAGCAUAAAGAUGUAUGCGCUGCUGCUGUGGGGGGGGUGUUUUGUGUUUGCUGUGGAGUCAAUGACAACUUCCACACCACAAAACAGAACCACGAACAUCACCGUUGAAGCAAACUAUGCAGCCAAGCAGCCAACCACUGCAGAAGUGUUGCAUCCUGCAGCCUGGAGUUCAAUGCACAGGCAUGAAGAUGUUUCUCCUACAGUGGCAAAGGCAGUGUCACAAACGGAUGCAACCGAAGGAGUUAUCAGCGACAAAAGCGGCAACAGCAAAGAUGCCGUGACCACUGCCACAGCAGAUGCUAAUAUCUCCAAAGUUCCUGCCUCUACAGAAGAGCUGAAAACAGAUUCAGACGCUCCUGCUGUAACUACAGCAAAAGGUGUAGAAACGUUUUCCACACCUACGACCAAAACUACACCUGAAGCACAACCUGCACCUGUAGAGGCUACAGCAAGAGUCACUAGGGUGACCACGACUGAAGUACAACCUUCCCCUUCAGUGACCACCACGGAUGAAUCACAAUCUCUCCUCCAUCUGACGGGCACAUUCAGCCACACGUUACAUCAGCCCCAUCUGCCAUCAGCCUCAGUUUUUAUAUAUAAAAACACACCUGAAAACACUCCUGCAACCACUGUUGCAACAGUUGCUGUUUCUUCACAACAACCUCUAUUCACUACUGGAAUUAUAUCAGUGAAACCUUCCACCACCUCCUCAAAUGUAACCACUCAGAAUGUGGCUACCUUCACCCAGGACAUCCACAAUUCCACAUCUUCAAGUCCCACCCCUGAGAAGGCCACUACCACCCUCUCAACUGCAUCUCAGUCAGCUUCAACCACAAGUACCCUCGCAUCCAAAUCUGAGACAGCAUGGCCAACCUCAUCCACAGCUGAGCCUCUCAGCUCCACCACUCUCAACUCUACCAGUCCCGUGGGAGCCUUAAUCCCAAGAAAACCCAAGAGAUUACCAAUCUCAACAACCAAACCAACUCCAGCGGCUACAGCUAUUCCCUGUGAAGCAUGCAGGAUGUCCCCAAACACUGAGAUUCAGACCUGCUCCACUCGUGGUGUGGCAAAGCAGUGCCUCAUCGUCAUUGCCGUCUUGGCUGGGCUGGCUACUAUCUUCAUGCUUUCUACUAUUGUCCUUUGUGUCAAGCUGUCUGCAAGGAAACCCAAAGCAAAGAAGCAGCAGGGAACUGAGAUGAUGUGCAUCUCUUCUCUGCUACCUGAAAAAACUCCCACCUAUACAAGACAUCGCAAUCCGAUCUCCAACGGAGUCCUGGUGCUCCCCGGAUACGGGGACAGCGAUGAAGAAGCAGGAGAUAAUGUAACUCUUAGCAGCUUCCUACCAGAGAGUGACUGCUAUGUUUAGACAGAUUUGAAGCCAUUCUUUAGGCGUGAUACUGAACUGAUCUGUGUCCUGUCGGUGAUAGAAACUGCUGGUGGUGUAGCUUCAGUGCACAUCAGCGGGAUGAGUUACAGAAACCACAAACACACACUGCUUCAUGUCCAGGCGACAAUAACAUCUGGCUUUUGAUGAGAAGGAAGUUGAUUUUGGAUAAAAGUUGAUACAUUUUGCAUAAUUUGAUCCCAGUUGAGAAUGUGAACCAGGAUGCACGGAGUGAUCAAAGCUGAUGUCUUCUUCCUUUUGAACAUCCGAACUGGAGCUUUCAUGGUUUUCAUUUGCAUCAAGAGAAGACAGACUCGUUUUGUCGAGGAAUUUCUGUUUCUCACAGAGAAUUUUCAGCCUCUUAAAGGCUGAUGGUUUUAACAGUGCGGAUGCUGAAUUUGUUCAACCUUUCUGGAUUUUAUUCCUCAAGAAUUCCUGUUUAUAGUAAUUGUAAAAAUGGAAAAGGAAAACAAAGUUUGGAAAGUGAUGGUUAUGUAAGAAUUAAGAUGAUCUAUUCAGACCACAUUAACUGGUGUAAAUAAGUAUUUUUGCUCAUACGUGAACAGUAAAAUUGCAUUUUUUUAAACGUCUUACCUAAUUUACACCGUUUGAGCUCAGAACAUUUAAAACACAAAACAAGUUCAUGAUUUGUUUGUUGUGUGUUGAGCAGAAAAUAUUGUAACAAACAGUAAAUGUGUUAAAUGUAGAUUAUGGGGGGAAAGCAUGUUUC